AUGAAUUCAAAUAAGAAGACUGGAGCUAUUAUUAUUAUAAUCUCAUUGGUUGCCAUACUGUUGUGUGUAGGUGUAUUCUUGAUAGCAAUCUAUGUAUUUAAAGAUCGUAAGCAGGAAUCAAAAAACAUUGCAAAACCAAAGAUUCAAAAACCAAAACCAAAACCAAAGACAACGACGGUGCCUGUAAGAAAGUUUCUACCACUGCUUCAAGAUAAUUCUAUCACUGAUAUCGAUGGGACAUUCGCAUUUCUAAAGGCAAGUGAUACAGAUNGACUGGAGCUAUUAUUAUUAUAA